GUCAGAUUCCGUCCGGCUGCUGCACUGCACUCUGCAAGUCGCGUCUUAUCAGUUUUCAGCUUCAGCUGCGGUGCUUAUCGAUCGUUUUUCCGUCCGCGCGAUUUGUUUGUGUUCGAAAUCCUCUUGCUCUGCGUUGGAAAAUCAAUCAACAGGCAACAAAACAGGAAAGUCACCACCAGCAAGAGGAAAAAAGUGCGUGCGGAUUCGCCUCCCGACCUGGUAACGCCGAAUAAGAUGUAGAAAUUGGUGCGCCCCUUUUCCCAGGGAAAAGCACCGACCAUCAGUCCGAGAUAGAGAAAGAUAUUGCGGUAGGAUUGUGGAUUGUGAUAUAAGCAGGGCAGAAGAAUGAUGGGCAUCCACGGAGAAAGCAGCAGCAGCGAACGGGAGUUCCUUGGGCUUUCGACGACCAUUGCCCUGCAGCGGCUGCACGACGAUAUCGAGACGGUUCUGUGCGCCUACGAGGAGCGAUUCGCCAAACAGAGGUGGCUGAAGAAGCUGAAACUGCCGUUUGCCGGAGGUCCCUCCAGCGUGCUCAGUUGGUUCUCCCUGUUGGCGACGGUUGCGGUUAUGGUAUCCUUCUUCCUAGUUGGAUAUUGUUUCUCCGCGGGAUUCAUUCUGAGCUUCCUGCUGCUGACGGUUGUGGUCAUCACCCGAGAGGACCACCUGAAGCGAACGGAAAUCUUCCGAAAGGUUCGGAUGGUGCUGGAGGAGAUCAAGUGCGGAACCGAACUGUGCCGCGAUUGGACGCCCUCCAACUAUCCGCAUCUGUGCAGCCCUCUGUCCCCUUGUGUGACACUCCAGUGGACCUAUCGCGAUGGCAAGAUCGUUAAUCUCCCUUGGGCAUUGCUCGUGCGGGGGGAUUACAUCGUUAUGCGACCCGGUCAGGUGUCGCCAGGGACAUGUACGGAAAUGUCUGGGAAGCGAUCCUUCAAAUGCGGAGAAACGUACGGAUUGACCCAAGAGAUGGAACCGCCCAAGAAGCCAACGGCGCGCGCUCCGAUGCCCGAUUUGAUUUGUGUCGUAGAAGUGACUCCAUACCUGGAAAACCUCCGAACGACGCUGGAUAACUUCCUGGACCGACCAACCACCAUCAUCGACCAGCAGCGGGAUCUUCUGAUAACGAAAUGCAUUCAACAGUGGGGCUUCCUGAUAGUCUUCCUCCUGACUCUCACCGUUGGAGCUCUCCGAUAUCUCGGCUACUAUCUAAACGGAAAGCUUCCAACCAACUGGAUGAACGUAUUCCUCCUAAAUCCAUCGGCUGCCUUACUCCCAGUCCUGCCGCUCAUGUUUCCCCUCCUUUGGAUAACGAUCAACCUGUGGGGAACGGCUCGGCUCGAAACGCUUCUGUCCAUCCCGCAGUCGGUGAUGCGAGCGGAGGCGCAAAAAUCUUUCCAGGAGGACCUGGAUACGCCGACCGGAGAUCUGGACCAUGUUAAACUGCCGCGGCGGAUAAUCGCUUACUUCUGGUGGCAGCUGUUCCUUGGUCGUAGCGAACUGCUCAGUCGGAGCGCCAAUGUUGUCCAGGUGCUGGGGUCCAUAACGGCAUUGUGCUGCGUGGACAAGAAGGGAAUCCUAUCGUGGCCGAAUCCCACAGCGGAGAAGGUGUUCUUCCUGAGGAACGCGUCCAAUAACGAGAACAGCGGUUCGGACCAGUCGGAGCAGAGUAGUUUGAACUCACAGUGCUGCCAGGAACACUACCACCCACUCUCGCAUAUAAUCGAGCUGAGUUCCCAAAAGGAGGGUGCCGGAGCAAUUGCCGAAGUGCUGGACCUAACGCACGAUCAACACAGCCCCUUCAAGUUGGAAUUCGACGAUCACGACUUCAAGAACCACCUAAAUUCGUUGAAACCAUUGGGCCUUGCAAUCCUGGUGAACACAUGCUGCCCCCACACGCAGACCCACUACGCCAAGUUCUGCGGGCACGUGACGGCCGUCGCGAUGCUGGACAAGGACUUGGUGCCCGUGACGAACCGGUAUGCGAUUGUAGAGUCGAGUUUGAAUAGCUUUAUGCAUGGCCGUUGUUUGUGCGAGCUGGCCCGCCAAAUAGGAUUCACCAAACAUGCGCGGGACAUCUUCAGCUUGGAAGGUCAAAUUUCCAGCUAUCGGCACCUGCAACCGGAUGUCGUACGAAGGGAUAUCAAAUUUGCCCGAUCGCUGCAACUAGCGGCCAAGGUGAAGGUCCCGUUCCCCCACUCGCUAUCGGUGGUGAUGAGGGAAAAUCCUGGCGGUUCGCUUCAACUUCUAACCCAGGGCACGGCGGACAUCGUGCUGGACAGCUGUGAUGACUAUUGGGACGGGCAGGAUCUGCAUCCGCUGACGGAGAAGGAACGGAAGCGUGCUCAGGACUUUUACCAAAGGAGUGCCCUGACGGCUUACUGUACAGCGUUCGCGUAUCGGCCUUUAAGACAUGGUAUAACGGGGGCCUUGUCUGGUGGGAUUGAUGGAGAGAUUGCGUACCUGGAGCUGCCACCAGAGACCAAACAUCGAAAGGAUGUGUUCAAUAGGGAUCAUCUGCUGGAUUACGACAAUGGAGGAGCGCCAUUGACGCAUCAUUCGAUCAGCACGGAUUCACUGCUGUUCACCGAAAACAAGGACGACGAUAUUUCCGAUGCGGAGGGUUGUUUCGAUAUGCAGUGCCACCAGGUGUUCAUCGGAAUGAUCACGAUGCAGUAUCAGGCGCAGACGGAUAUCGUCCAGUUGAUCGAGCGUUUGGAAAGGGCUUGCAUCAGAUUUGUGCACUUCAGCAAGGAGAACGAACUGCGAUCGAGGGUGUUUUCGGAAAAGAUGGGUCUGGAGUCGGGGUGGAAUUGUCAUAUUUCGUUGUUGAGUGAUAGCGAUAGCACAGUGGCGUCACCUACGAAGCAGUUCGAGUUCAAAAUUCAUACAUCGAGUUCGAAUGCUCAGACGCAAGUUGAGGAUGAGAACGAGCUGAACAAGUUGCUUCCAAAUCUGGAGAGCUCGAAAGCUCUGAGCUCAUCAGCUCCCGGAGCGAUUUCGAAUCCCGAUACUAGUUUACUGGAUCCCCAAGUAGUUAUUCAGAGUAAAAACCCUUCCAUAGAUGAUUCUCGCGAAAGCUUUGAAAUGCGGGAUCUUCGACAUCACCAGUUAGAUAGGGGAACAUCACAAGACUCUGCAAUGGAUGCCGGAAAUGACGAUAACUGUCGAUCGUUGAGCUGCUUGACGGAUAGCACUGAGCAGAGUGCUCCAAUAAAUUUCGACAUGUCGAAUCGUGCAAAACUUCCACGAGGUAUCGAGAACAUUCGACCUCAUCUGGAAAAUGUAGAUAACGUACCGCUGUUGGUGUCUCUGUUCACGGAUUGUUCGGCGGAAGCAACCCGAGAAAUGCUUAAAAUAAUGCAACAGUAUGGGGAAAUAGUAGUCUGCUUGGGAUCUUCCGCAUCGAACUCGAAUUCAGAAAUAUUCUUGCAAGGAGACUGUUCUAUUGCGAUCGAACCCCUGUAUCCGCAGGUAUGUCAGGACUAUCCGGCGUACACCGAGUCCAACAUCUACAACAACAAAGCUAAGCUACGCUCCGCCGCACAAAGUAAACUUCUGCUGCCAAGUCCGCAAAAGAUCGUUACCAUUUCGCCGAUCUACCUCAGUCGAAUGCUAAACUCGAUUUCCUGCUCGAUCGCUACCUGCCGAGACGACCCGAUUUCCAUCGUAGCCGUCAUCGAACUCAGUCGCCGGUUCAUCCAAGGUCUCUGGAGUUGCAUUCAGUUCUGGGCAUGCUGCGCCGUUUCGCUCGCUGCCAUGAACACCAUCACCGCCAUCCUAUCGCUUCCACCGAUGGUCGUUCCGCAUCAUGUGCUUUACGUGAUGUGUAUCGCUGUUCCUCUGAUAUCCCUCUCCUUGCUAAGGGUAGAAUCCGAUCCGGCCAUCAUGAAGCGUGCCACCGGUAAAAAGCAAACUACCCUCGAUUCCCGGCUGAUUGUCUUCGUGCUCUGUUGCUACGGCAUCAAAUUCUCGUUGGUAGUGCUGUUUCUAGUCGUUUCCUACUGUUCCUUCCUAUCGCACCCGAUCGAGAUCUUCUCCGAUGAUGAGGAGGAAGAUGGUAACCUUGCGCAGGAUCUUGCCGUUGCCCGAAGUUUCAUCCUGCUGGGUAUCAUAGUUCACUUCGUAACGGUUAGCAGUUCGUUCGUGCACCGCGACUACUCAUCCCUCAGACGGAGUCCCAUGCGGAACCUGUGUUGGGUGGCGGCCAGUGCCGGACUGCUGCUGUUCCACACGCUGACCAUAGUGGUUCAAAUCUGCACCGACGAUUACUAUUGGCAGGAGAUGGAUCGCGUCUGGCCGAUCGUACUGUUCCUGCUGCUGACCUCGAUCGUCACUCUGGCCAUGACCGAGUUCUUCAAGUGGGAAGAAAUUAAGGUCAACAAUCGGUACAUUCGGAGAGCGCGGUUAGACUUUGGCACAAAACUCGGUAUGAAUUCACCGUUUUAGGCGAGAGGCUCUGAACCAAAACGUGUAACUCCAAACUGCAACAAUCAAAAAGACUACAGUAACUAUCACGAUUAUUCAAUCUUAUCGAUAUAGCAACAAACUGUGUACGGCUAAUUGGCGUACUUAAGCGGUUGUGUGUACUUUGAAAAUCUAUUAUACACGUAUCCUUUUCCUUUUUAUUAUAAACUGUUGCCCAAAAACUGUUCUAUAUUUACGAUGCAAAUAUCCUUCGGUUCCCUCGCUACUAUGUGAACUACCCAAAUGUAUGUUGCCCCAAAUGAGCGCAAUGCUAUAUUUUUUAAACGAAAGAGAAGAGAGGCGUGGUAGAAUGGAUUUGAGUUUUGUUCGAGAAAAGUGAGAGAUUUGUUAUGAAGAAAAGACUUAAUAAAAGAAGAAUUUAUGAUA